AUGGAGAAUAUUAUGUUGGAUGAGAAAAAGAAAAAUAUAAAGAUUGUGGAUUUUGGUCUUAGCAAUACGUUUUCUAAAGAUAACCUUAUGAAAACUCAUUGCGGAUCCCCAGAAUAUGCCGCCCCCGAACUCUUCAACCCUUCUGAGAAAUAUGGACCAGAGAUUGACAUUUGGAGCUUGGGGAUAAUUUUCUAUGCAAUGCUGGUUGGAAAACUACCUUUCACAACUCCAUCUUCUGACCAGUUUCGAAGAAGAGAAUUACAGCAGCAGAUUGAAAAAGGCCUUGUAAACAGUCACUUCAAAGAAAUGGUACAUUUGUCACCAGAAUGCAAGGAGCUCAUUAACAAACUAAUAGAACCCUCUCCAAGCUUACGUCUUCCUCUCAUGGAUGUUGAAAUUCAUCCAUGGGUCACAUUAGAGGCAAAAUUUCCCUUUCAUCCCUUCCAGUCUUUCAUAAAGGACAAGCCAAUGCGAAAUCAGGUAAUUAUGCAAAUAUGA